ACCAUGUCAAAGAAAUUAUAUGCAAUGGAAACGAAAGAGUCUAUGAGUAUAUCUUAUGUUGGUUUGCAAAUAUCUUACAACAUCCAAGUGCUAAAAAUGAAACUGCUCUCAUUAUAA